AUGUAUCGUACCUCACUGAAAGAUCCAUUAUCACACCGACCAAUGCAAAUGUCACAGAGAUCAAUUUCUCAUAUGUUAGCUCUGAUUCCGGGAAUGCCACGCACAUAUUUUAGUGGUGACAGUCUUCAUACAGAUGCAAGCGAUCCAGACCGACUCGAAGCUGAAUAUCCCACUGAAUUCCUUAAUUCCUUGUCCUUCAAUGGCUGCCCUGAACAUCAGAUUGAUCUCAAGGUAUUUGCUCCAAUUAUGCUGUUGAGGAAUCUAAACCCAUCCAUUGGUCUUUGUAAUGGUACACGCUUAAUGGUGCUCUAUUUGGGCCAUUAUGUGAUAAAAGGAAUGAUAAUGGGGGGUACAUUCAAUGGUAAGACUGUGGCAAUUCCAAGAAUUGUCCUUAGUGUCAAUGAUUAUCGUUGGCCAUUUGUUCUUAAGCGCCGGCAGUUUCCAGUACGAUUGUGCUACGCCAUGACAAUCAACAAAAGCCAGGGCCAGACAUUGCAAAAUGUUGGUGUGUAUCUGCCGAAGCCAGUGUUCAGCCAUGGCCAACUUUAUGUCGCUGUUUCUAGAGUUAGAACACCAGAUGGACUUAGGUUCCUUAUAUGA